AUGCCGUCCCCUUUCUUGACCCCCGGGCCCAUUGCGCAGGCCAAUGAUGUCGCGCUCUUGCACCUACGCCGCGACCAGACCAUUCCGACGAUCCUCCGUGACUAUGACGAUGAGAACCAGGGCUACAAGGAGGGCAAGGUCUCCAAUACUCGUUUUGGCUCGUUCCCGCACAGUACCCUGAUCGACCAACCUUGGGGCUCUCAAAUCGUCGCCUCCAAGGUCGACACCGGCUCACGGGGCCGCAAAGGCCUCGCUGGCAAGCGCAAAGCUGACGAGAUCGAAGCAUCGCCCACAACAACAGGCGCUGAGGAAGACAGUUCCUCUUUGAAAAAGCCGGUCGCCGCCACAAGUGGUUUCCUCCACUUGAUGUACCCAACCCCCGAAUCUUGGACAUUGUCCCUCCCGCACCGAACCCAGGUCGUCUAUACCCCAGACUACAGCUAUGUUCUUCACCGGCUCCGCGCGCGUCCUGGAGGCACCGUCAUCGAAGCUGGAGCAGGCAGUGGCUCAUUCACUCAUGCGGCGGUUCGUGCUGUCUUCAGUGGAUAUCCCAACGAAGAGUCCGUCGCCAAGAAGCCGAGGAUAGGAAAGGUGUGCAGUUUCGAGUUUCACGAGCAGAGGGCGGGUCGAGUAAAGGAGGAGAUUACACAGCAUGGUCUAGAUGGGUUAGUACAGGUCACGCACCGUGACGUCUAUGAGGAUGGCUUUUUGCUGGGCGACCCCAAGACUGGCCGGUCACCCAAGGCGACCGCCAUCUUCCUGGACCUGCCUGCUCCAUGGCUUGCCUUGAAGCACCUUGUCCGCAAACCCGCUUCUGGUGCAGAGUCUCCUCUCGACCCAUCAUCCACCGCCCACCUGUGCACUUUCUCCCCUUGCCUCGAGCAAGUCGAGCGCACGAUUCGCGUCAUGCGCCAGCUGGGGUGGCUAAACAUUUCCAUGGUCGAAGUCAACCACAACCGGAUUGACGUGAAGCGAGAACGCAUCGGACUAGAUUGCGAGGGGAUUCGCGGAUCAACGGUGUUCCCGAGAUCCGUGGAUGAGGCACUGGCCAAGCUCCGAACUGACGAUGAACGCGCCAAGAAGAUCAGACAGGGCCAUGUUGACGGCAUUCAAGGCGAUACAUCGUUCCAAGAAGAGACUGCCAGAAUCCCAAAGGAACAAUCCGGGCCCACGUAUAGCUUGGGCCGCCUGGUACAUCGGUCAGAGUCGGAGAUCAAGACGCAUACUUCCUACUUGGUCUUUGCCAUUCUUCCGCGAGACUGGUCCGAAGAGGAUGAACAGAAAUGCCGGCAAAAAUGGCCCUCUUCCAAGUUGGAGGCUGAAGAAAAAGCGCCCAAAAAGAGCAGGAAGCAGAUGAAGAAGGAGUUCAGGGAGCUUCGCCUUCAAGAACAAAAAGAAGACCAAGAGCAGCAAGCUGCGGAUGUGAACACCGAUGAAUGA